UUUCUUUUGCUUGAGAUUCUGUCUUUGUGGUCAUCACGGAAAAAUUCCCAUCUCGAUGUAAUUACUAUUCGUGAGCUGCUUACUUGAGCGAUUGACAUAAUAUGUCUUUUGCUCCAGCCUUUUUCUUUGUGAAUAGGAAUUCCUUUAGACUACGGCAUGAAUGAGCCAGUCUUCGGGUCGGGACUGACAUUAUAGCUAUGUGACAUCUGUUAAAGUCUGCCCCAUUCUGUUGGUAAUUGAUUGUCACUUUUGUGUCCAUCAGGAUUAAGAACAUUUACUCGUUCGGAAAAAAGGUGAAAGGAAUCUUAGCAUGCUCAAAAUGCCGGAUCAGACUUUUUUCCACAUAUGUUGAGCCCCACACAUAUUAAUUUGGAUUAUGUGGAGGGGCGGGAGUUUAUGGAAAGAGCUCUGGUGCCAAGAUCACUAUCCAAACUGCUGCCCUGGUUUGUUGUGUAUGUUUUCUGCUCAUUCCCAGUUAAAGAAACUCUGCUACCUAUUGGAUACAUCCUUUAUAAACAGACUUACAACUCGUACUGAUGACUUUAACUGAAAUUAGCGCAUUUGCCUCAUAGUUGAGUAUGAGUUCGAGUCAAUCACUUUGUCCGUAGGAGGAGGUUUUGAUUAAAGCCUCUUCACCUAUUUCUUGCUCCCCAAAUUAAAGAAGCUAAAAGCUCUUGAAAUAGACAAAUGCCUUGCAGUUCUGCUCCCGAAGUCUCACAGUUGAGAUUGUUUGAUUGAGUCUGUAAUUUUGUUAGCGAGUGAAUUAGGGACGGAGUUUGUGCCACAUAUAUUAUAGCAUACAAGAGAGUGUGUUUGCUGACGGUGAUAUGGCCUACCACCAUAGAAUUAUUUGAAUAUCAUAGUUAGACUUGUGCCUGUGAG